UAAGCAGAGAUCAAGGGGGAGUUUAUAACUGUACUGUGAUUGACGGCUGUGGCUCAGCAUCAACGGACAUAGCGGUUUAUUAUGUCGACAUGGAGAGGUAUCCACUUAAGUGCAUAAAGUCACCAGCUGUCAGUAUCACCAUAGAAACAAACAAGACCCCUCCCCCUGACAUGAUCUGUGUGACGAGCAGCAAAAAGUUACAAUCACAUUUGACCAGGAAGACUGGAAGAAAAGUCACUUACGAAGUUGAAUUGACAAGUGUAGACGAAGCUGAGGUGACAUGUCACGCGGAAGGUUUCCCUGGAUCUCGGCAUACAUUCACUGUGGUUGCAGCGACCUCGGAGCAGACAAGAAAUGGAAGUUUCCGGCUUACAAACGCCAAAUAUCCACCAAACGAUCUAAUGAAAACUAGCCUCGAAAAACUGGUACAAGAAAGCGUCGAUGCCACUUGUAUGACUAAGGUCUCCUUGAGCUAUGGGCCGGGUAGUCUUAUCGUGUACGUAACCCUGACAACGCCAGCAAACGUCUCAGAUCGCUUUGUACCGCUCAAGAAUGCCCUUCUACAAAAUGCGCCAAGAUACAACUUAACGAUUGAACCGUCAAGUGUCAAAUUGCAGCAAGUGAAUACUCAACAGGCGCCAAAGUUUGAUGAUGUCAAACCUACCCAUCAAAGAAUCAAAGUCACGUGGUCAAAGCCCUAUAGUAAUGCGCAAUGCACGAUGCGCGCUAGACCUCUAGCUGGAGCGUCACGUGACUGGGUGGCGUCAUCAGGUGUCAGUAGUCCAGCCUCGCUGUCGUGCGUGUUGGAUGAUCUUGAGCCUGACACUCUGUACGAGGUGGAGGUCACCGUGUCGGUGCGGGGAGACACAAGUCGUGACACGGUGUACAUCAAGACCACACCUACAGCUGUCGAGGUAAAUGAUCAGAACUCCACCAUUGUUGGUCUCGCUGUGCUGGUCGCCAUCUUGUUCUUGGUCAUCAUUUGUCUGAUUGUCUACAUCGUGGUGCUGAAGAGGGCAGGUCUUACAACAAGGAAAAAAAGACCUGAAGCUGAUAACCCAGGCUACUCUGGAUUCCAGAAUGUGGCAAUGCAAGAAAAUGCGAACCAAGACCAGCACACAAUCUCAGAGAUGGGAGACUAUGAGGUCGCCCCAUCGGAAAUUAGGGGACCCAACCCUGACCCCAUUCCACAAUACAAACCAAUGAACAAUACACCAGCACGACCACCCAACCGUAGCAAUGUCACGCAGUAUGAAGCUAUAAACAACAACCGGUUACGUGACCAGCACGUGCCAGCCAAUCGCCAGUACGAUAGCGUCGAUAGCACGAGAAUGAGUGAACAGAACCAUCCCGCGAGGAGAGCAAGGAACGGCACAGGUGAUCAAGGCGAGCCAGGUUACGAGAACACAAGAAAACGAGGUUUACCAAGUGAAGUGUACCAAUCUUUACAGGCGACGACACAACACCGUGAGAAUACGCAGUACGCCCCAUUGCAUCCUGGGACACGCAUUGCGGCCAGGCCUGGUGUUAGGGACGAAAGAGGAGUAGGCUCAGACAUAAGAGGGAGUGAGUACCAGGAGUUGCUCAGGACUAAAGCCACAGAUCCAUGUUAUCAACGGGUAGGCAAUAAAGUCACUAGCGCAUAA